GCCUUUUCAAACCAACAUGCACCCAUGCCUUCGUCUUCCAGAAGUCCUCUCUAUUAUACUUGAAUUCGUCCAUGUUCAUGAAGAAGACGCCUGCAGGACUCUCGCAGCCGCUGCAAGGACUUGCAAACCUUUCAAAGAGCCGGCGUUGGACAAACUGUACCGAGAAAUAUCCAUGCUGGACGUACUCAAGGUUCUACCGGAAGACCUGCUGGAGGUUAAGAGAGCGGGACCUAAUAGAUUUAUGACGUUUCGGCGCGCUAUGGUGUUGUCUGAUUGGAGAAUUCUUGAACGCUAUGUUUCAAGGGUUCGAAGCCUUGUAUCCUCUGAUUCGACAACCGGCAAUCUUGCGAUAGACAAAGUCGUCAUGAGCUCAUUAUCCUCCUUUUGCGGCGCCCACCUCUUCCCAAAUGUCCAGCGCGUCGAAGCGUUCGACUCAUUUUUCCAAGGGAACUUUUUGCCACUCGCUUUUGGUCCACGUGUCAUUGAAGUCGAGUUUGGAAAUCUUCCGACAAACGGUGCCCACACCUUCACCUUGUUGAGCCAGGCUUGUCCGUCUCUGGAGACCAUCUCCAUUAUAGGGGGCGUCGACCUCCACACCAGACGUGCUUUGCCUAAUGUGCUGUCCGACGCCGUAUCUCUUGGAUUCCAGAAGCUGAAGACCUUUAAAAUUGGGACACGUUUAAUCAUCCGUACACCCUCCGAAUUGUUUCCCUUCUUAUCGAGUCUACCGUGUCUGGAGGAACUGGCCUUCUACAUCACUCCUCUACCACCAUAUCAUGGAGCACCCCCUAUUCUCCAGCCCACGAGGUUAUUCGCCUUCCCCUCACUUCAACGUCUUACCCUCGACUAUGGAGGCUCGAAGGAAGUUACAUCCUUCAUGUGCUCCUUAAGUGAUCUCAAGACUAUGACGUCUCUACGUGCUGUCCUCUACUCUGGCUCCAUACACGUCGGUGACACUGUUGAAAUGUUGCAAAUACUCACUAAGAUCCUCCCUGCGGAUAACAUGCUUAGUCUCAAGCUCACGCACUGUUUCGACGGCCCGGUCGUCCCCGGGCUUCUGGACCUCUUAACAUUCCGACGAAUCUAUAAGUUCAAGAACCUAACCAAACUAUCGUUUAACCUCAUUUGCUCCCCCGAGAUGAACAACAGCUUCAUUCAAGAGCUAUCCGCUGCUUUCCCUAAACUCGAAUCCUUGUCUUUUUACACGGGGCCCCUUCCUCCCUUGAGCAACCAUAUCACCAUGACAGGUCUUGCAACCCUGCUGAGCGGGUGCCCCAACCUCUAUCAUAUCAGUCUAAUUGUCGACUUCACCACAGCUAACAAUGCAGCGUUUGAUGCGUCCCCUCCAACGGCGUGCAACAGCCGCAUUAAUAGGACGUGCUUUGCGCAUUCCCCGAUAGACGACCCCGCGUUCGUGGCGCGUCACUUGGUUCGCAUGUUUCCUCGACUCUCCGAUAUAUCUCCACAUCCCGUAAAAUCAUUCACCGGCGACUGCAUGUGGCAGAAGGUGGAAACCAUAGUUAGGAAAGCUCACAGUGCCCGUGUUUUAUGCUGA